CACGAUCUACAGUAAUUUGACGUACACACGCAUGCGUAAAAGGCACCCGAUUAUUCCACCAAAAGGGACAUCCCCGCCCAUUGCAUGUGGCAGGUCGACGAGAUACAAUAGAUUGUACUUGGUCCGGAGUUGGUUCAAAAUGGCAGAUGUUGAGAAGAAGUUAAAAGAUACCAAGACUAUCCUUGUUACUGGAGGCACUGGAUUGGUUGGCAUGGCAAUCAAAGAAAUGGCUGAUCUUGAUAAACGUCCGGAUGAAAACUGGGUCUUUGUAUCCUCAAAGGAUGCUGAUCUCACCUCUGAGGCAGAAACGUCUGCUCUGUUUGAAAAGUACAAGCCGACUCACGUUAUCCACCUUGCCGCCAUGGUUGGAGGAUUGUUCCGCAACCUGAAGUACAAUUUAGACUUCUGGAGGAUAAAUAUCAAGAUAAAUGACAAUGUUCUACACAAUGCUUAUAAACAUAAUGUAAGCAAGGUAGUGUCAUGUCUAUCGACAUGCAUAUUCCCGGAUAAGACAACCUACCCUAUCGACGAGACGAUGAUCCAUAACGGACCACCGCAUGAUUCAAACUUCGGCUAUGCGUUUGCCAAACGAAUGAUUGAUGUACAAAACAAAGCUUAUCAUUCGCAGCAUGGCUGCACGUUUACCUCAGUCAUUCCUACCAAUGUCUUUGGUCCAUAUGACAACUUUAAUUUGCAAGACGGUCAUGUGAUUCCCGGACUAAUUCAUAAAAUAUAUCGAGCGAAAGAGGAUGAUACAGAGUUUACUAUAUGGGGUACAGGGUCACCUCGUCGACAGUUCAUUUACUCCAAAGAUCUAGCUCGUUUAUUCAUUUGGGUUCUUCGUGAGUAUGAUGAUAUCAGUCCCAUAAUCUUGUCUGUUGGCGAAGAGGAUGAAGUAUCGAUUAAAGAAGUUGCUGACAUGAUCAUUGAGGCCUGUGAGUUCAGGGGCAAAGUAAUCCUGGACACAAGUAAAUCCGACGGUCAAUUCAAGAAGACAGCAAGCAAUGCCAAACUGAAAAACCUUCAACCAGACUUCAAAUUCACACCUAUUGAACAAGCAAUUAAGGAGACAGUAACUUGGUUCAUGGAAAAUUAUGAGACAGCGAGGAAGUAGAAUUUGGCAGCAGAUAUGCACACAUGGAUGUAUCUUGAAGUAAAUUACACUGCGCAUAACAGAACUACCAAUUAUAACUACCAGUGAACACAGAAUGUAUAGUGCAACUCGUUUGGCACCAAACAAGACAAGAUAUGGCCUGCUCUUGUGAAGGCCACAGGAGCACAACCCUGUGCCACUUGACCCAGAGAGAGAACAAGCAUAGAAGUAACUUGACAGCACCUUCUGCUGAUAUGGUAGUUGCACACAUUAACUUGUCACUAGCUGUCAGUGGAUAUAUUUAUUACAAGACGUAAAUUAUGCUAUGCACAACAGAACUUCAAAUUACAUUAUAGAAAGCUUGGGGUGUUUACAUUUUGGUUAAUACAUUAGAUGAGGACUGUACUCUGGUGCUGGUGGUUGGUUGGUUCCAAAUAGAACAAGACAUAUUUAUAAUUAUGAAUACAAUUGGUUUGGCGGGCAUCUUCUCGUGACAGGUAGGAUAGGUCUUGGCAAAAAUCAGUGCAACCUCUUGGUUUAUACAUACCAUACCUCCAUGGGCAUACAAAACUUGAAUUAUUUCAACACAUUCCAGUAAUAUGAAUCUAUUUUAGUAUAUUUAUUAAGAUUUAACUUUCUAGUCAUGGUAUCAAGGUAACUAUUUAAUAUUUAAGUCAGUUUACAUGACUGCAAGUUGGAAAUACUUUUUCUGUACUUGUGUUUAUUUAUUUAAAGGUGUUAAUGAUAUUCUGAUUUUUAAUAAUAUAUAUAAUUGUAACAUGUUUCAGAUUUUUUCCUCAUGAAAGAAAGCAGAAUUUAGAAUUUUGAUGUGUAUUACCAUUAUUAUAGCAAAACCAGGCUUACUCACUAAAUGCAGAUGUGUUUAAAACAGAGAAAUUACACAUAUAAAGAUAGUAACAUCAAAGUCAUACCUUUCAUUUAUUUGCAACACAUUAUUUAUAUUCAUUACAGCAAAUUAUAUUGAAUAGUGAUUUAAUUUGUCAAUUCAUGUGAAUCUGAAUAAAGAGAGUUUUGCAUCCAGUGCACACAUAA